UCCGAAAGGCCACCCUAACUGGGGGUACUUUUUCUUUCAUUUCACCAUGUGAUUCUCUUUGUGUGCGUGGAAUCAAUAUAAUGACUGCAUUUGAUGCGAACGGUCUGCCUGAUGUGGUGUUGCUGCAGAUUUUUCGAAUUCUCAAGUUUUCGGAUCUAUGCAAAGUCGGGAGGGUUUGCCGUCGCUGGUACACCCUUUCGCGAAGCCAGGCCCUGUGGACAUGCGUGGACGCCAGCGCCCCCAAGAUCAGCUCGACCCAGAUGGACAAGCUGGCGUCGGUGCUGACAGGCUCGGUGCGCUGGCUCUACGUCUCCAGCUUCCUGCAUCGGGGCCAGUUCCUGUCCCCCAAGGCGCUGUGUGAUCUGCGAUCACACUGCCCCGGCCUGUCAACGCUGGUUGUCGAAAAUGCACGGCUCACGACGCUCGACGAUUUUGCCCCCGUCACGGUGGCCGACUUCCCGGACACAUUGGAGACGCUGUCGCUGCGGCGCUCCUUUUUCCAGGCAGACCAGUUCUUCUCCCUCCUGGCUGUGCGCAACCUAAGUAUCCUCGACUUGAGCUUCUGCUGGUGCCUCUCGGACAAGGAUAUUCCCUUCCUCACGGAACUGCCCAAUCUGCGGGAGCUGUACCUUGAGUACUGUGAAGACAUCCGUGACACAGGUGUGGCACUCGUCGUGAGCCGUGGGCACAACUUGCGCACACUGGCACUGGACGGUACGCGAAUCACCAACGAAGCGAUCCGGACGGUGGCCGAGAAUGCCCACGGUUUGGAGCGGCUCUACGUCGGCAGCACGGCGGUCACUGACACGGGCGUCUUCCACUUGUGCCAGAGUAGGUUUCUGUCCCUGCGCGAGCUCUGCCUCUUCGGCACCAGGGUGACGGUGGAAGCGAUGAAGGCUCUAGCUGAGAGGUUUCCCCAGCUGCUCUGGCUCAACCUGGAGCAGACGCUCAUCGGCGUUGGGGACGACCCCUGCAACACAAAGGGGGCACUUCCAGACUGUCAGGUGCUUGUUGCGGGCUUGCCGUUUCACUUGGGUGCGGGAUGCAACCACUCAGUUGACCGACUACGACCGCACAAGUAGUCUCCCGUUUGAGACUGUUAAGGGACACAGGCUUGGUCUGCUCUCUGGCUAGGGUGGGCUACUGAAGGUACUUCAUUUCUAUUUCGCCGCAACUUGUCAUAUCCACGGGGUCUAGUGGAUCCUUGUGGUGGGUCGCAUGAGAGUUUCUGAUCUGAAGAGAGUCUUAUUUAUGGUGUGGUUUACAGUCUGUUUGUGUUCGAGUGACAUUUGUGUGUGUUGACAGGACUUGCGGUAUUUAUGGGCAACCUUUCAGCGUCAUGAUGUUGCGACAGGUGCGCGAGAAGCUGAUCGAGUUGCUAGAACCUUUUAUGAGACGACGCUAUCGCUGGGCGUAUUGCUUCGUUUAAAAUUUAUUGUGCUGUAUAGUGAGCAAUUCUUAAAAUCCUUAGGUGAUAUUAUUCUUAAAGGGAUACUUCAACGAAAUUUGAAAUAUUCCCGUCGUGUCCAAAAAUAGGUUGAAUAUGAUCCACAA